AUGAUAUCCAAGUGGUCAUCCAAAUCCCCCAAACAACAGGCUACUCGAAUCCGGAACAACCAACGACGGCAUCGAGCUAAAGUUAAGGCUCAUAUAACUAGCCUUGAAGAAGAACUGGCCGAGACACGGAGACAAUUGAUUGCCGCCGAGCAUAGCAUCGGGGCGCUUACGGCUGAAGUCGAACGUUUACGGAGUGAGGCGAGAAAAAAGCCCACUAUUGCCAGCGUCGCGCCCGUGAAGUAUCAUUCGGACUCACCUAUGUCUCAUACUGUCUUAGAGCCGCCCUGUUGCAGCCUUUCGCACAACCAGAGACAGCUAGGCGAUUCAUCAUCGUAUGAACGAAAGGCCAAGGCCGACCUAUCGUUUGACAUACCAGCUAUGGCAAGCAUAGCCUUUGUAACUCAGUAUGACUGCCACAGCCUCCCACCACCACGGCCUGACGAAUCUACCACAAAUUGUGUUGCUGCAUAUCAAAUUAUUGGGCAACAGAACUUCAAAGGAGUUGACAUGGAAGCUAUACAUCAAUGGCUCAAAUCGGGAUACAGAAGAGCAACGAGACCUGGGGAUGGAUGCACAGUUGUAAAUAGCCUUCUCUAUAGUCUUAUCAACCAUCUCAGCCCGGUAUAG